AUGUCAAACAAUUUUCUCGAAGAACAUAAAAGUGCCAAAGAACUUCUUCUUAAAAAUUUACCUUUUGAAUUUAAUGAUUAUCUUGACAAACGCAGACCUUACAAGGAGGAUACUUUUAAUGAAAAAGAAGUAUCUUCUCAUUCUGGUCUUUAUGAAGAAUUUAAGAAUAUUGUAAACCAACUAAAUGAAGAAGAUUUAAAACAAUUUAUCCUUAUCACUUCGAUCCAAGAUAUUGUAGUUUUCGAUCAAGUGAUGAUAGAUAAAAUCAAAAUUUUACCUAAAGGUAAACCUGUUUCAGUUCAAAAUUUUAUUAAAAAUAAAUUAUCUGAAUUUGAAGUCUUGUUAAAUGAUAAUUAUGUAAACUUACCUGAAUAUGUACAAGUUUAUAUUAUUAAAAAUAGAUUUCAAUACAAGCAAAACUUGUAUAUUAAUUCUAAAGUUUCUGUAAAAAAUUUUCAUGAUAUCAAUAAUACUUAUGAUAGUUUAAUUAGUAAUUUAGAUGAAAAUAUCAAGAAAUCUCCAACCCUGAUUCGACGUAGUGAAAUCCCG